AUGGCAAACAAUUUGUCGGGCAUAUCCGCCGAGUACGUCUACUUCUGCGCAUACAUGGCGCACGACGAUCCAGAGGAACUAUCCCGCAUAAACGGGACGAUGCUAUCCAACUUCAUUCAGGCACUCGAGAACACAGGCGCAGUUAACAAUUUAAAGCGGUUCAUUUUAACCUGCGGAUUCAAACAAUACGGCGUGCACCUAGGGAACUGCAAGCAGCCCUUCUUUGAAGACGAUCCCCGUCUAGAGGGCAAAGUCGGCGGCGAAACCUGGCCUCGUAAUUUUUACUUCACCCAGCAACGCAUCCUCACAGAAGCUGCAGCCCGCAGUAAGGCUAAGUGGGACUGGGUUGCCACCCUUCCCCAGGACGUUCUUGGGUUCGCCCGCGGGAACUUCAUGAAUGAAGGCACUGCGCUUGGCCUCUACUGUACCGUUUCCAAAGCCCUGGCUGGUUCUGAACUGCCCUUCCCGGGCAGUAAAGCAAACUACUUUGCAUUUAAUACGUGGACAUCAGCGAACCUGCACGCAAAAUUCUGUCUCUGGGCCGCAACAGCCCCCAAGGCCGGGAAUAACAUUUUCAACGUCACAAACGGCGACACAGAAUCCUGGCAGAAUCUCUGGCCACGCCUUGCAUCCCGCUUCGGAUGUAAGAUCCCUAAUCCUAUGUUCCCGAAUGGCGGAACCGCAGAUACAAAGGGGUAUAAAGACUACGAAUCAUCCACGGUCAGAAUGCCAAACAAGCACCCCCUAUCCACCCGCGCAGCAGAUAUCGGCGUAUCGUCCGACCCAUCAAAAGAAGAGUCGCCGACUCUAUUCUCCCAAAUUGACCCGGAGAAAUGGGCUGCGCGAGAUGACGUGAAUACUGCUUGGGGGAAGGUGCGUGAUAAGUACGGCCUUGAUCAGUCGGCGUGGGACAAGGCCACUUGGGACUUUAUUGCCUUUGCACUCGGGAGAGACUGGAGUUGUGUAGGAAGUAUGAGCAAGGCCAGAAAACUGGGCUGGAAAGGGUAUGCGGAUACCUGGGAUGAAUUGACAGAGGUGUUUGAAGCCUUGGAGAAGGAGGGUAUUCUUCCGCCUGCUGAGAGAUUGAAGGCUGACUUUUAA